CCAACAAUAUCAAGUUAAGCAAACCUUAACAGCAUUCAAUAUGAAAUCUUUUGGGAUAUUUGUGGUUCUUUUUGCCUUCAUCGCUCUAAGUUUAGCUGGUGGACAUGAUCAUGAUGAUUACUAUAAAAGUUCUCAUGACGACUCAAAUAAGGUGGUCUACGUAGAAAAAGAAUCCAGAUACAAUAGGCCCAGUUACAAAGUUGAGGAGGGAGAUUCAGAAUAUAAGAACGUAGUUUAUAAAUAUGAAGAACCAGAUGAGAAGAAGGUUCGUGUUGAUGUUAAAGUGGUUAAACAACAAGGAAAAGAUGAAAAUGUUUUGUACAAGUAUCUUGAGGACUACCAUCACUAAAAAUUUUGUUAAAUGUUAUUGUAAUCCUAUUAAAUAUAUUUUUUCAAAGGUUUUUUUUG